UCGACAUUUCUCAGAUCCCCUUCCUCUAUCAAACCAGAAGAAGAAGAAGAAGAAAGAAAAAUGGGAGUCGUGACGAAGCUCGCUGACGCAUUUCUGUUCGUCUUCUUCCUUUUGACCGCGGUGUUGGCGCCGCUCUUCGACGCCCAGUCGUGUCUACCUGAAACCUUCUUCCCCAAAUCGCUGGUGGACCUCAAAGACUGGUACAGCGUUGAGUACGGAGACUACAUAGUGGCCGAGAAGCCUGGAUUCUUCGUGGGCCUCAUCUGGCUGGAGCUUUUAUUCCAGUGGCCCCUCUCUCUCCUCAACCUUUACGCCGUUGUCACCGGAGCUGCCUGGUUCCCCACCACCUGCUUGAUCUACGGAGCCUCUGUUCUCGGUUCCAUGGCAGCUAUAAUAGGAGAAUUGGUGACAUCGGGCAGGGCAUCGGAAACGCUGCUGAUGGUGUACUACCCUUUCUUGGGGCUUGCUGUCUUGGCCAUUUUACGCGGUCUGCUCUCACGCUCCUCCGUCAGGUCUACUCCCACCUCUGCCAAAGGACUAGCCUCUAGGAAAAAGAGGGCUUAAAGGCCUGCUACUGACUCAAACUUUGUACUCCUCUGCUUUCACUCAACUUGAUUGUUAUGAUUUUCCCAUUCAGAGUCUCAUCGUAUUGAGGAAACCCUUGUCAGUGAUUGGACUCAUUCAAACUAAGCUCUUUGGUAAUCAUUUACCUUUGAGUUUGUGUUCCA